UCUUAGUUGCUAUUCAGAAUAUAACAGCAACCCACGUGGCAACACACAACUGGCCUGCACAACCCCAACUUGCUCCCUCUCUCCCCUCUGGUUUGCUUCUGCGUACCAACCGACUGAAGACUCUGCAGAUUUUAACACUUCUCUCCCAUUUCCUCUUGGAUCUCCAUAUCCGACAAUUCCCCAGAUUUCCACACUUCCCAAUUAAAACCCAGAAAAGCAAACAGUCAGUUGUUACGGUUAUUCACAUAGCUCAUCAAUAUUUGCUGCCAUAUAUUCUCUCUCUAGAAACAAUUUCUCUCUCUAGAAAAUGCCAUCCCAACAGAUUCUGCCCAUAACGUAUCACCCUCCUCCACAGAAAUCGCUACUCAAAGAAGCACAGGACGACCCGUCAACCCGGCUUCUGUUGUGCUCGAAUUUCGAGGAUGAAGAAAAGAACACGCCUGUGAACCCACUCCUCCCCAGGGUCUCCAGCUACACCAACACUUCCGCUGCCGCUCCCAACAAUCACCAGCAGCGGCGGCGCCGGAGCGCCAGCGACAGCUCCCUUUCUUCCCACUCCGAUGAGGGCAGCCGCCACACCUUGGCCGGCGAUGUGCAGCACGCUGCUGCCGAGACGUUCUUGGUCACCCGGUUGAGUUUGAAGCUGUUAAAAUAUCUUGGGGUAGGCUACAGAUGGAUUACAAGAUUUCUUGCCCUUGGUUGCUAUUCAUUUUUACUUAUGCCAGGUUUUAUUCAAGUUGGCUAUUAUUAUUUCUUCUCCCGUCAGGUUCGCAGAGGUAUAGUUUAUGGUGAUCAACCAAGAAAUAGGCUAGAUCUGUAUCUACCCAAAAAUAGUGAUGGGCCGAAGCCAGUCAUUGCAUUUGUAACUGGUGGAGCCUGGAUUAUUGGUUACAAAGCAUGGGGUUCUCUUUUGGGACAACAGUUAUCAGAAAGAGACAUCAUAGUGGCGUGUAUAGAUUAUAGUUCCUUUCUAAAUAUAUGGAGAUUUGAGCGUCUCGGUAAAAAACUAGUUGACAUGGCAUCUUCAUGCAGAAAUUUCCCUCAGGGUACUAUCAGUGACAUGGUAAAGGAUGCUUCUCAAGGCAUCUCAUUUGUGUGCAAUCAUAUUGCUGAUUAUGGAGGCGACCCGAAUAGGGUUUAUCUGAUGGGACAGUCUGCUGGUGCACAUAUUGGUGCCUGCACCCUCAUUGACCAGGCAAUUAAGGAGGCGGGCGAAGGAGAGAGCUCUUCUUGGAGUGUCUCCCAGAUAAAGGCUUACUUUGGUCUGUCUGGAGGAUACAAUUUGCUUAACUUAGUGGAUCACUUCCACCACAGAGGUCUAUACCGUUCAAUCUUUUUAGGCAUAAUGGAAGGAGAACAAUCAUUGCAACGUUUCUCUCCAGAACUCAUGAUUCAGGACCCAAACGUUAGAAAUGCUGUUUCUCUCCUACCUCCUAUUAUUUUAUUUCAUGGUACUGCAGAUUACUCAAUACCAUCAGAUGCCAGCAAGAGUUUUGCAGAAACUCUUCAGAGACUUGGAGUGACAGCUAGAUCGAUUCUUUAUGAAGGGAAGACUCACACGGAUUUGUUUCUUCAGGAUCCAAUGCGUGGUGGUAGAGACGAUAUGUUUGAAGAUUUAGUAGCUAUCAUUCAUGAAGGUGAUUCAGAGGCUCUUGCCAAAGAUGCAGUGGCUCCUCCAAGAAGGCGCCUUGUACCUGAGUGCAUGUUGAAGUUGGCUCACCGUGUCAGCCCAUUCUAGCCAAUUUUUGUCUCAUUUAUCAACUCUCCCUUGAGUUUCUUUGUGAUCGACUGUAUCCAUUUUGUACAUAAUCGUUAAUGACAGGUGAAGUUUUUACCCCUUAUUUUUUGUGCAACCUUAAAGUUUACCCUAUUCUCAUGUCUCACAUCAAAUAUUUUCUUGCCCUUGUUAUUGUUCAUACCAAAGUAUUAAUUAGCAAAUCAUAUUUUGUGA